CACAACAUGUCCAAGAGCAGCAGUACCACCGCGCAGAACGGUUCGACCACCCCGAAGUAUGAGGCACGGCUUUGCCAUGUGGUGAAGCGACCCGAUUUCGACGGGUACGGGUUUAACCUGCACGCCGAAAAGGGUCGACCGGGGCAGUAUAUCGGCAAGGUGGACGAUGGAUCGCCGGCAGAAUCGGCCGGCCUCCGGCAGGGUGAUCGCAUCAUCGAGGUGAACGGUCAGAACAUCACGACCGAAACGCACAAGAAGGUGGUCGAGCUGAUCAAAGCCGUCCCGAACGAAACCCGCCUGCUCGUGAUCGAUCCGCGGGCGGAUGCGAAUGAUCUGAAAAUGGCACUGGCCAAGGCGGCUGCCGGUAUGGUGAGCAACGGUACGGCAAACAACAACAACGGUACUACGACCAAUGGACAUCACGAGACGAAUGGUAUGAACGGUGCAGGCAAGGAGAAUGGUCAGAAGAAGGAUUCGAAGGAGGGGGGUGCGAAGAUGGAGGAAAAAGCACCCAAAUCCACCACCAACGGCAUGGCGACCGUACAUAUUACCAACAACAAUAACAACAACAACAACAACCACCACAGUCACAGCAAUGGCAACGGUACAACCAACGCGAACAAGCCCGACUCGCCGGUGAUGGAGAAGAUCAUCGACGAUACGAAAAAGGUCCUCACCGUGACGGAUGGUGGUGCGGCUGUCGGUAAGAUGGCACUGAACGGUGCUGCUCCACCGGUGGCGACCAAUGGCACCACGGAACCGAGCAAAACGACACCGACAGCCGAGGGCAAGAAGCUUAAUCUGACGAUGACGGCCGCGGAGAUGCGGGCACAGCUGGCAGCACGCAAGAAGUACGAUCCCAAGAGCGAGGUGUGCGAUCUGCGCAAAAAGUACGACAUCAUACAGAAAAUGUAAGCCGUGGCGAUGUGUCGCACAGACCAGCCUGCCCGGAACGUUGCCUGCGGUAGGGUCACGAAAGGACGCAAGUGUUAGAUGUAACGCAUUUUCCCAAAACAGGAUGUUGUAACGCACAAGUAAUCCUCCGCCGCGUGUAUGUAGAAACGGAUUGGGUGAAAGUGAAAACCGGCAGCUUGUUCCGGUGCUCCGGUGGAUUUUCUUAUAGCCCCCCUUAUCAUGUAGAACUGUUGCGAGGCAACCGUUAUCCAUCGGUUGGUCAGUUUGUAGCAUACAUCACGCCCGGUGGGGGGGAGGGGUUACUGAUAUUUAUUCAAAUAAGCUCCUCGUUCGGCACGGCUACUCGAAUGAAUUUGCAACCCGACGCCAUACGUACGCGCCCCGGUGUGGCGUUUCCAUUUUCUCUCACUAAGUCGCGUGAGCCGUAGAUGUUUGUUUGUUUAGGGGAGUUUUGUUCAGGUGGACAGUCUAGGAAGUUGACAGUGAUGUAGCGAGGGCCCGUGGGGAAGAUAUGAUUAGACAUCGCAUCGUGCCGUAUGCGAAGUGUUCCGUUUCUAUGGCGAAAACAGGUGUGUUUGUACUUGACAGAGAAAGUAUUGUACCGGAAAUGAUGAACGGAAGGAUGAGGCAAUGUGAAUGUACGGGAGUCUUCGUAUAUGAUUUGUGUAUCUCUUUGGCCGCAAGCAGUUAUCGCAUUGUCAAGAUUCCAACACGGAUUAGUUGCGUUAUAUGGUGUUCUAAUUUAUGACUCUCCCUCGUGCGUUAUAUCAUCCCUACUCAAGGUUCAUUUUUAUGACAUUCUAAUUGACCUUUGGCAAUGUUCCAGAAAAGAAAAAAAACUAUCAAAAACUAAACGCCAAUUUUGGGGAAUGGUCAGACGUGGAUCGCGAUAACGAAUACAACAAAAAAAAUGCCGUAUCGUAUCAAUAUUUAGGUUUUGCAACGCAGAUACCCGCUAUCGCACACGUUUUCAGUUGCGUUGUCGUGUUGAAUCGCCGGUAUGCGUGUGUUUGGGUUGAUAAAAACCGACACGUAAACCAUCCAACCUUCUAUCAGUACCUUCUUUGUGAUCGGAUCGAUAGAUAAGCGCAAACGUUGACAAACACUCGCCGUUUGAUACUAGAUGUGAUGGCAAAACAUUGGAACAAUUUCAAGCGAUAGCGAGAAGCAAAUUAAUUGAUUGUGUAAAGUUGUGCAAAACAAUACAAAAAAGUCGACUAGACAUUUUCCCUCCGUACAUUCUUUAGAUACGGCGGCUGGAUUGGUCAGUUAUUGGUGUUGUGAUAAGGGCGCGAGCACACACAAUAUAUUAAGUGAAGUGUAAAUGUAGAACACCUUCCAAUAUAAAAAGCUAUUGAUCCUUCGAUAGUAGCAUCGAAGGUAUAAAGAAACAUCCUUUCUCAACGUAGUGUAGACAUAACUUCGCAGUAAAUGAAACUUUAAAUAAUCAUUUUAAAGUACACAAUAUAAGCAAAAACAUCACUCUAAAACAACUAAAAAUGAAAGGUGGAAAAAAACGGAGUAGAAAAAAACACGUGUGCCAAAAUUCUUCACACCCGCCCAUCCGUUGGAAAAUCUGAAUGCCUGAUUAACGCCGCAUUAUCAUUUUAAAGUCAAAUCUCCUCCGAACCAACGUAACUACGAUUGGAUUGCGUUUUGUUAGUUGCAUUUGUUGCUUGCAUUAUAAAGUUUACAUUUACACGCAACCGUGUAUUGCUAGUUUGUAGCCAUAGGAAAAGCGGAAAUGGUCCCCUGAACCAUUCCGGCAGAGAUGCGAAUUCCCCCAUAAUAAUGUUAAGAGCCACGCACACACUGUGCACAAUCCUGAUGUGCAGGAAUAUAUGGGAUGGAAAGUGUUAAUGGAAGUGGUAGAAGUUAACUUAUAAGCGGUACAGUAUAACAAACCUUUAGAAUGCGCGUUGUGGAGUAACCUUGCACCGUAUGUAAUGAAACUGUAAUAAGUAGAAUAAAGUAUUUAUGAUGUAAGAA